AUGCUUGCCCCGCCAGCAAUUUUUUUGAGCGAUCACAGACACUUGACGUUUGACUUUGAAGAGUACAUUAAGAAAGAGCUAGGAUUGGAUCUUGAUAAUGAGAAUAAAAGAGAAGAUGGACAAGUGUGCAAGUACUUUUUGAAGGGUGCUUGUACCAAAGGGUCUCAUUGCCAAUUCAAGCAUUCGCGAGGUGGAGAUCGAGACAAGUCAGUAGUGUGUAAGCACUGGUUACGCGGUCUUUGCAAGAAGGGCGAUAGCUGCGAAUUUUUACACGUCUUCAACAUGAAAAAGAUGCCCGAGUGUUGGUUUUACUCUAAAUACGGCGAAUGUUGCAAUGGCGAUGAAUGCAUGUAUCUUCAUAUCGAUCCUGAAAGCAAACAAAAAGAAUGUCCAUGGUAUGCUCGAGGAUUCUGUAAACAUGGCCCGAAUUGCCGACACAAGCAUGUACGCAAAAUGGUUUGCCAGAACUAUCUUACUGGUUUUUGCCCAGAAGGUCCCAAUUGUCCGAAUGGUCAUCCCAAGUAUGAACUUCCUACAAUGUACUCCGCAGACGGUGCCGGUGAUGACCGUCAGCAGCAGCAACAACCCCAACAUCAACAACAACAGCAGCAGCAGCAACAUCAACAUCAACAAGAUACCUCGUCUAUAGAUGAUCAACCACAACGCUCCCAUGUAAAUCGGCCGCAAAGUGGAUUUUAUCGAAGGUUGGAAGAUGUUACAUGCUUCAAGUGUGGUGCACAAGGCCAUUAUGCCAAUCGGUGUCCUCAAGGACGAGGAGGUGGAGGUUACAGGCAAUAG